CAGAUGGAACCAAUGAACAAUGCAACCUACUUUGUCCUCUUGGGCCUCUCCCAGAAUUCAAAGGUGCAGAAAGUCCUUUUUGUUAUGUUCUUGCUGUCCUAUAUUUUAACCAUGGUGGGAAAUCUGCUUAUUGUUAUGACUGUGACUAUCAGCAGGGCCCUGGGCUCACCAAUGUAUUUCUUUCUUGCCAGCUUGUCAUUUGUGGAUAUCAUUUAUUCAUCGGCCAUUUCCCCCAAACUGAUUUCAGAUUUGUUCUAUGGGAAAAAUACCAUAUCCUUCAAAUUUUGUAUGACUCAGCUCUUCACAGAACACUUUUUUGGUGGGUCAGAGGUCUUUCUUCUGUUAGUAAUGGCCUAUGACCGCUAUGUGGCCAUCUGUAAGCCCUUGCAUUACUUGACCAUCAUGAGGCAACGGGUUUGUGUUGAGUUGUUGAUAUUAUCUUGGAUUGGAGGAUUUUUACACUCAGUAAUUCAACUCAGCACUAUUUAUGGGCUUCCAUUCUGUGGCCCCAAUAUCAUUGAUCAUUUUAUGUGUGACAUGUACCCCUUAUUGAAACUUGUCUGUAUUGACACCUAUGUCAUUGGCCUCUUAGUAAUGGCCAAUGGAGGGCUGAUCUGCACAGUUGUGUUUCUUCUCUUGCUUACUUCUUAUUGUGUUAUCUUAUACUCUUUAAGGAACCUAAGUCAGGAAGGGAGGUGGAAAGCUCUCUCGACCUGUGGGUCCCACAUUACUGUGGUUGUCUUCUUCUUUGUUCCUUGUAUUUUCAUGUAUGCACGGCCUGCUAGAACUUUCCCCAUUGAUAAAUCACUGAGUGUAUUUUAUACAGUCAUUACUCCCAUGAUGAACCCCUUGAUCUAUACUCUGAGAAACUCAGAGAUGACAAAUGCUAUGAAGAAGCUCUGCAGAAGAAAAGUCAUUUCAGGAUAUAAAUGA